ACUGGAGGAGUGGUUUUUGAGCCCUGACUCUCCUGCAACACAAGGCUUUCUGUUGAGGAAGAGAACUUGGUUUUUGUGGCUUCAGAAGAACCUGCCCCCCAGGAAGGAUGGACCUCUUGUGUGUUUUGUGGUUGCUGCUGCCCACCUGCGGGCUCCGGCUGUCUCUGGCGGUGAACCCCUUUGCCGUGCAGCAGGUCCCGCCCGACCCGUGCUACGAUGAAAAGGGAGCGCCCCGUCGUUGCAUCCCAGAGUUUGUCAACGCUGCCUUCGGGAAGGACGUGCACGCCUCCAGCACUUGCGGGAAGCCGCCCACCCGUCACUGCGAUUCUUCAGAUCCCCGGAAGGCCCAUCCGGCCUCCUUCCUCACCGACCUCAACACGGCUGCCAACAUGACCUGCUGGCGCUCCGAGACUUUGCACCAUUCCCCGCAGAACGUCACCCUCACCCUUUCUCUGGGCAAAAAGUUCGAAGUCAUCUACGUGAGCCUGCAGUUCUGCUCGCCCCGUCCGGAGUCGGCUGCCAUCUUCAAGUCCAUGGACUACGGCAAGACGUGGGUGCCUUACCAGUACUACUCUUCGCAGUGCCGCAAGAUCUACGGCAAGCCCAACAAAGCCACCGUCACCAAGCAGAACGAGCAGGAGGCGCUGUGCACGGACGGCCACACCGACCUCUACCCCUUGACCGGAGGGCUCAUCGCCUUCAGCACUCUGGACGGGCGCCCGUCCGCUCAAGAUUUCGACAACAGCCCGGUGCUUCAGGACUGGGUGACGGCCACGGAUAUCCGGGUCCUGUUCAGCCGCCCCCACUUGUUCCGGGAGCUCGGGGGUCGGGACCACGAUGACGAGGAUGGUGGGAUGAGCUCUUCCUCGUACUACUACGCGGUGGGGGAGUUCCAGGUGGGAGGACGCUGCAAGUGCAACGGUCAUGCCUCUCGCUGUACGAAGGACAAAGAAGGCAAGCUGGUGUGCGACUGCAAGCACAACACGGAAGGUCCCGAGUGCGACCGCUGCAAGCCGUUCCAUUAUGAUCGUCCGUGGCAGAGGGCCACGGCCCGGGAGGCCAACGAAUGCCUGGCCUGCAACUGCAACCUCCACGCCCGGCGCUGCCGUUUCAACAUGGAGCUCUACAAACUCUCCGGGCGGAAGAGCGGCGGCGUCUGCCUCAACUGCCGACACAACACGGCCGGGCGGCAUUGCCAUUACUGCAAAGAGGGCUUCUACCGGGACAUGAGCAAAUCCAUCACGGACCGCAAGGCUUGCAAAGCAUGUGAUUGCCAUCCUGUCGGUGCAGCUGGAAAAACCUGCAACCAGACCACCGGCCAGUGCCCUUGCAAAGAUGGCGUGACAGGAUUAACCUGCAACCGCUGCGCCAAAGGCUACCAGCAGAGCCGGUCACCAGUGGCUCCGUGCAUCAAGAUUCCUGCUAUCAAUCCAACCUCUGUGGUCACCAGCACGGAAGAACCAGCAGACUGUGAGUCCUACUGCAAGCCAGCCAAAGGCAACUACAAAAUUAACAUGAAAAAGUACUGCAAGAAAGAUUAUGUUGUCCAAGUCAACGUCUUAGACAUGGAAACCGUAGCCAGCUGGGCCAAAUUCACCGUCAACAUCCUCUCUGUCUACAAGGUCCGGGACGAGCGGGUGAAACGGGGCGACAACUUUUUGUGGAUCCACAUGAAAGACUUGGCGUGCAAAUGCCCCAAGAUCCAAAUCAGCAAGAAGUACUUGGUGAUGGGCAUUAGCGAAAACCCCACCGACCGGCCGGGACUCAUGGCCGACAAGAACAGCUUGGUGAUCCAGUGGCGGGACGCCUGGACUCGCCGCCUUCGGAAACUGCAGAGGCGGGAGAAGAAGGGGAAAUGCCUGAAGCCAUGAUGGGUUCAGGCCCACGUCUGUCCAUACAUUGCCUCCCGCCUCCUUCGCCUGUUGUUUCCCUGUGCACUCCAUUCAACAGACUUGUUGCUAGAGACUCUGUACAUAUACAUAUCAUGUGAAUGGAUGGAUUCGCCUGUGUAUAGUGUAUAUUUUGGCAAUGGUUACUUUGUGUGUCUGCGGGGAAGAGCUGCAUUGUGUGAGUGCCUGGGUCUUUUUUUAAAAAAAAAAUGUUUAUUAAGAGUAACACAGUAUGACAAACCUUUUAACGAGGAGCCAAGUGAAGGAAAGGUCUGAUAAGGCCAGUUAAUUGAAGAAGUUUGGGAGAAGGCAGCUCAAAUCUCUGGGCAGGAAUGAACUUCCUACCUUAGUGUUUUGUUUUAAUCAUUUACACUGUUGGUCGGAUUCUAUCAAAUUCUGCGAGGACCCCCCUCUCCACCCCCCAAUAUUGCCUGCUACUGCAGGGUGGGCAGAAGAUAGAUCAGGAUCUGUUGGUAUAUUUUUCCAGUAAGGGGUGAACAGAUCAACAAGGAUUUCAGAAUCUCAACAAGCGCCCAAUAGUUGUGGCACGCCAUGGGUUCUACAGCUCAAAUGACAAAUGUUUUAGGUAUCUAGAGAUGGAUUUUUGGUUCACAUGGAUAUGAUGUCUAUUCUGUUCUGGUCUCACAAUUCUGUAAGUCUAGUCUAGCCUUCUUUGGCUGUCCCGCAUCUUGCUUCUUUUCAUCAUGUGACGAGGAAGCACUAGCCCUUCCCUUCUCCAGAUUUGCUUCCCCCACAUGCAAGUGAGGACCUGCAGAGGAAAGGUCCCUGGCCUGUGUCCUUUAUUGGCAAAUCACUUUCCCUAAGGAGAAAGUGAUAACAGGGAGGGUAGAGGGAUAGACAAAACUAUAACUAGGGAAGAGCAACGGCAACACAGCCCUACAACACCAUCGUUUAGAGGGCACCAAAACGGUGGGUUAAUCUGCUGAAGAAGGUUAGGAAAAUAAAUGGCAACACUUCCCUUGAUUUACCACUCCCCCUUUUAGCAUAAAAUCUCUUUUCCUUUGGGGAGGAAUCUGUAUGCAUGCAUCUGGGUGGAGUGGAGGGAAAUCAGUGUUAACUUUCCCCAGUGCCAAACUUGCUAGCGACAACUCUGAGCUAGAUACUCCCCUGCUCACAUGAUGGAUAGAAGCCGGGCAAGUCAUGCUUGACUAGGGCUUGAUAUGUCUUCUGUACCAGCUCGACUUGUAGGUCCUAGUCAAAAUACAAAGUAGAUCCCAUAAGCAUGAAGCCUGCCCCCAUUCCAUCACUGCCAGCAUACACAGAGACCUGUUGCGGCACAAGUCCGGAUACAUGAAGUGUUUGUUACCCUUAACUGGCACAUGUAACUCUUCUGAAAUGGUCCCAUGAAGCAUCAGGAGAGCUGUCAUGGAUGGGGAGAGUCUCCAGCCAUUUUUUGGGGGGCGGG